GGGGUUCCCCCAAUAACGCGUGGGCAAUAACACGAGACAGGACCCCGUUACACAGAGGGUCGGUUAUAUGGGCCUCACUACAGGAUGGAGGGUGCAUCCAAGCGAACCUGCGGAGUAGGAAAGGACUCUCCGUUGCUUGGAGCACCCACGUAACCUAUGCCCAUUGCCAACUACCGAUAUGGGACGUGUGCCAGGAUCAGAUGGGACGUGUGCCAGAUCAGAUGAUCAGGGAGAUCAUGGAAUUCUCGAAGAUGAGCAGACUCACUUCCCGUGGGCUCUCUGAACUCCUCUCAUUCUCCCGAUCAUGGAUAGGCAUGUUUCAUGUCUUUUGGAGGUCACUUUCCUAAUGCCCAUCGUCAUCUCCAAUUCCACGUAGAUCGUCCCCAUGUUACGAAUGUAGCAACAUUCUCGUUUGCAACGGGCUCGCAACGUUACGAAACAUGAUUUCUAGCUGUUUUGUAUCUCCAGUCUCACGAUUUGGAACCAAAACGCGUUAUGUAAGCUGUAAAUUUGACCUCAAACGAAACACAACUCCCGACGUGUUAAUAAACACAACAAGAAACAACACCAGCUUCACGCGCGCGCUUACAGCCCCCAACGCGUCCCACAUAUCACUCACACACACACCCAAGCGCUUCGUUGUCGGGCAUCCAACACCACCCAACCAAGCCUAUCCAUCCACAUCAAUCCAAGCUUCGUCGUCGGGCGUCCAUCCAAGACCACCUAAGCCUAUCCACAUCAAUCCAAGCGCUUCCCACAUCACUCACACCACACACCAAGCGCUUCGUCAUCGGGCACCCACCACCACCCAUCCAAGCCUAUCCACAUCAAUCCAAGCUUCGUCGUCGGGCAUCCAUCCAAGACCACCUAAAUCUAUACACACCAAGCGCUUCGUCGUCGGGCAUCCAUCCAAUACCAUCCAAGCCUAUCCACAUCAAUCCAAGCGCUUCCCACAUCGGCGUCUCAAGCAUCAAUCACCAGUACCCUGCAUCCGGCCUCUUCAACACUACCAAGGCCGAUCAACAACAACAUCAACACUACCUCGUUCCGCAAGCGCCAAUCCACGGCCUCCUCCAACACCACCAAGGCCGUUCAACAACAACGUCAACACUACCUCGUUCCACAAGCACCAAUACACGGUCUCCUCCAAUACUACCAAGGCCGUUCAAAAAACAACAACAUCAACACUACCUCACGGCCUCCUCCAACACUACCAAGGCCGUUCAUAAACAACAUCAACACUACCUCGUUCCGCAAGCACCGAUCCACGGCCUCCUCCAACACCACCAAGGCCGUUCAACAACCUCAAGCACCACUCCACGGCCUUCUCUCACAUCAACAAGGCCGACCAUUAACAUCAACUACACACACACUCACUCGGUUCAACGUCGGCGUCAAGGUCAUCAUGACCACGCCUUCUUCAACACUACCAAGGGCGUUCAACGUCGGCU